GUUCUUUCCGAAUCCUGUCACGAUCGCUUUUUAUUGCCCUUCUCGAUCCGUUGCUCCCAACCCAAUCUUCGCCAUGGCUACUGCCGCUGAAGAAGAUAGCAAGCCAUACCCAGAGAUGAUCAUGGAAGCGAUCGCAGCGCUGGGGGAGGCACCCGGCGCCGACAAGUCGGCCAUCUCGAACUACAUCGAGUCCAAGAACAGCGGCCUCCCGCCGGAUCACCCGUCGCUCCUCUCGACGCACCUCGACCGCAUGAAAGAGAACGGGGAGCUCCUGCAUGUCGACGGCUACUACACGAAGCCCGGCACGAACGCCCCCGCGAAGCGAGGGCGCGGCCGCCCACCCAAGCCCAAGUCGGAUCUUGCCUCCGGCGCCGAGCUACCGUCGCCUCGCUCGCGUGGACGGCCGCCGAAGACGAAGGAUCCGCUCGCCGCCGCCGUUGCCAAAGCGGCCUCCGGGUUCCCCCGCCCUCGCGGACGUCCGCCGAAGGCCGACCGGGCGACGGAGUCGGGGACGAGCGGCGCUGUGGUUGGGGUCAAACGGGGGCGCGGGCGGCCUCCUAAGGCGAAGCCGGCUGUAGCGGCAGAAGCGGUCUGAGUGGAUCAGUAGCGGGAACACUUUGACAGAGUUCGAAGUUUGUAUUUUGUUAAUUGAGAUCGCAAUGGUUUAGAUUUUACACGGUCAACUAUCUUAACGCAUUGAUAUUUCAUAAGAAUUCAUCAUCUCUCGAUCA